CCAAGUGUGAACUGCACCGAGUCCCACGUGCUGCAGAGAACCGAGCAGAACAGAGAGAGAACCCUGACGAGACCCUCUGCAGGUAUAUAUUAACCAAGACCCAAGGCUAGACAUCUCCCCUCUUACAUACGGAGCCAUACUUCCUGCCUGUUUGUUUCUGCACUGCGCUGGAGAGCCCCAUCGCAUCGCCACGGUGGAUCGCUUGUUUGACAUGCACCCUCAGCGUCCCCUGCCCCAGGCCAUGCCCUCCUCUCUGGGGCAGCACCUGAGAGACGCUGCCCUGGGCUUGGGCGUCGGAAAGAACCUGCUGGGCGGGAACAUUGCCUACGGCUUCAUCCAGUCGCUCAAGGAGUGCCUCUACUUCCUGCUCUGCUGCUGGUGCAUCAAGGAGAUCCUGGACUGAGCGAGGAGGGGGAGGGAGGGAGUCGGACGGGCCAUAAAAUGGGUUGACGGCUUGUGACCUUUUUUCCCUUUUUGCCAUUCCGUCUUAUUUAUGGGUACUCAGAGAGGUAAGGGUGGUGCUUCUAGA